CAUUUGACAAAUAGACACGUUAACUAUUUUGAUCCACUUCAAAUUUCCCUAAUUUUUUAAUAUUAACCACACGUUUGCUACCUUUUCCAAUAAUAUAAGGGCUGGCCCACAAGGUUCACAAUGAAAGCCUUAAUUUUCAGUAUAUUACUGAUCCUGCCCGUCAUAUUCUACAAUGUAGAUUGCCAAGCGCGAAAACCGGGCUCCACUCUGGCCGACAGAGUACAACAACUAACAGAUAUGGCCAGUAAAAAGCCCGUUUUAAGGUUCAACGGGAACAAGUUCAGGGACUUUGUGAAGGCAACACCCAGGAACUAUUCGGUCAUUGUCAUGUUCACUGCUUUGGCCCCACAGAGACAAUGUGCCGUGUGUAGGCAAGCGAGCGAUGAAUUCACCGUGGUGGCCAACUCUUAUAGGUAUUCGCCACUUUUUAGCAACAAAAUGUUCUUCGCUGUGGUCGAUUUCGAUGAGGGGUCAGAUGUGUUUCAAAUGAUGAAGCUAAAUACUGCUCCAGUAUUUGUCCAUUUCCCUCCCAAAGGUAAGCCAAAAGCAGCGGAUACUAUGGAUAUUCAAAGGAUUGGGUUUGGUGCUGAGGCGAUUGCAAGAUGGAUCAGUGAAAGAACUGAUAUUCAAUUAAGAGUAUUCCGGCCGCCAAACUACUCAGGAACCCUCUCAAUAAUCCUCCUCUUUGCAUUCAUGGGAGGUUUCCUCUACUUGCGUAGAAACAACUUGGAGUUUCUCUACAAUAAAACCAUGUGGGGCAUUUGGGCUUUGCUGUUCUGCUUUGCAAUGACCUCGGGUCAGAUGUGGAACCACAUUAGGGGGCCUCCGUUCAUGCAUAGGAAUCAAAAUGGACAGACUUCUUAUAUACAUGGAAGUUCUCAGGGGCAGUUUGUUGUUGAGACUUAUAUUGUUAUGUCUCUUAAUGCAGCAGUGUCCAUUGGAAUAAUCUUGAUGACCGAAGCUGCCAAAGGAAAAACGCCUGAUUUAAAGAAGAGGAAAGUGAUGGCCGUGGUCGGUUUGGUACUUAUUUCUGUUUUCUUCUCGUUGCUUUUGUCUAUUUUUAGGACAAAGACCCAUGGGUAUCCUUACAGUUUCCUGUUUAAAUAAGGAACAUAUUGGCACUGUGUGGACAUGAAAAAACUGUAGUGUUUUUGUUUUUUUUUAUUUUGUUAUUUGAUUUUUUAAAUAAUAAGCUUACAAUUCGUGGCUACACAAAAUAAACUUUGUUAUCCUGU